UAAUUGAAAACGUGACGACAGCAAAUACUCUCUUGUCUCUCUUGUCUGAAUCUCUGUACAUCACAAUGAUCGCUCACAGGAGAAUCUUAACUUAUUUCUAUUUCAAAGCUCUUUAGUUCUCAUUUCCUCUACACAAAACUGAAGAACACAUAGCGAUGGUAAUGGGUUUGAAUCUAGAGGAGAUCAAGAAGAAGACUUUUAUUGGACUUGUAUUGGGACAGAUCCUCUCCCUUCUCUGUACUUGUAAUGUCUUCACAUCUUCUGAACUCGCCAGAAAAGGAAUUAAUGUUCCAACAACACAAUCGUUCCUCAGCUAUAUGUUACUUGCGAUUUUCUAUGGAGGUAUCAUGCUAUAUCAAAGACCCACAAUUAAGGGCAAGUGGUAUCUCUAUUUACUACUAGCUUUAGCUGAUGUGGAGGCGAAUUUUCUCGCGGUGAAGGCGAAUCAGUACACAUCUAUAACAAGUGUGAUGCUACUGGACUGCUGGGCCAUCCCUUGUGUUUUGGUGUUGACUUGGGUUUUCCUGAAAACAAGAUACAGAUUGAUGAAGAUUAGUGGUAUGGUUAUAUGUAUCCUUGGUGUUGUUUUAGUAGUUUUCUCCGACGUUCAUGCAGGGAGUCGAGCAGGAGGAAACAAUCCUCUUAGAGGAGAUUUUCUUGUUGUAGGUGGAGCAACAUUAUAUGCUGUCAGUAAUACCACCGAGGAGUUCCUUGUGAAGGAUACAAACACUGUUGAGCUUAUGACUUUCAUGGGAUUUUUCGGCGCCAUUAUUAGUGCCAUUCAAAUAGUCAUAUUUGAACGUGGUGAGCUUAAAGCUAUUGAAUGGUCAGCUGAGGCUGCUUUUCCUUUUCUUAGGUUCGCAGUCACCAUGUUUCUCUUCUACUCGUUACUCCCGGUUUUACUCAAGACAAAUGGUUCAGCAAUGUUCACCCUCUCGUUACUUACAUCAGACAUGUGGGCCGUUUUGAUCCGCAUUUUCGCUUAUCAUGAGAAGGUUGAUUGGAUAUACUACUUGGCAUUUGCUACUACAACUAUUGGACUGAUCAUAUAUUCAAUGAAGGAGAAAGAGGAGGAUGAACAAAAAGAUGAGCAGAGAAAGCUGUUGGACGAGGAGAAUGGUGAAACACUUCGAGUCAGUUGGUAAUUUAUACCAACAAUUGGCAACUGGAAAGAGAAUAAAAGGCUUUAUUUGAUUUUAAUUUAAUUGUAAAAAGUACAAAAUAAGAUUGUGAGAAAAACAUUGGAAUUUGUUACAGUUGUUACUUCAAACGUAUCAACCUUUAUUUUUAUUACAUUUAUUACUAUGCGUA